AUGGAGAAUAUGGGAAACGUAUUGAUGCAAAAAUACGAAUUCGGGAAAAUGCUAGGGCAAGGUAACUUCGCAAAAGUUUACCAUGGUAGGGAUUUAAAAUCAGGCCAAAGUAUAGCCAUUAAAGUAAUCGAUAAAGAAAAGGUGUUAAAAGUUGGAUUAAUCGAUCAAACAAAGCGAGAAAUCUCCGUUAUGAAAAUGAUCAAACACCCAAAUGUAAUCCAACUUUACGAAGUCAUGGCUACAAAAACCAAAAUCUAUUUCGCAAUGGAAUACGCAAAAGGAGGUGAGCUUUUUGAGAAGGUGUCAAAAGGAAGGUUAAAAGAAGACAUUGCUAGAAAGUAUUUUCAACAAUUAAUCUUAGCCGUUGAUUUUUGUCAUAGUCGUGGGGUCUAUCAUCGUGAUUUGAAGCCAGAGAAUCUUUUGUUAGAUGAAUUUGGGGAUUUAAAAGUGACUGAUUUUGGUUUAAGUGCUCAUGAUUCAUGUAAGCGUGUAGACGGGUUGUUUCAUACCACAUGUGGAACUCCGGCUUAUGUGGCACCCGAGGUGAUUAGUAGAAGAGGAUAUGACGGGGGUAAAAGCGACAUUUGGUCUUGUGGUGUGAUUUUGUUUGUUCUUUUCACCGGUCAUCUUCCGUUUAAUGAUUCGAAUAUUAUUCAAAUGUAUAGGAAGAUAAGCAGAGCCGACUAUAAAUGCCCUAAUUGGGUCCCACCCGAAGUCUGUAGGCUUUUAAAAAAAAUUCUUGAUCCGAAUCCGCUCACUAGAAUUUCCAUGAAAAAAAUCAUGGAAAAUUCGUGGUUCAAAAAAGGUUUAGACACCAAGCUGAGAGAAAAAAUGUCCCUGUCUGUGUCUGUUUCAGUGCUAGAAGGCAGAACAGAUACAGACAGAGUCAUUUCUGCAAUUCCAGCAACCCCUGAGCUGGCCUACAAAUUUUGGCAGGAGCCAAAGAAGUUGGAUUUCAUGAAGGUGUCGAGUUUUAAUGCUUUUGAUAUCAUUUCUCUUUCGACCGGAUUUGAUUUAUCCGGUUUGUUUGUUGGAAAUGAUGAGAAAGAAGAAGUGAAAUUUACGUGUAGCAAGACUGCGUCGGAUAUAAUAUCAAAAUUUGACGAAAUUGCCAUGAGUUUGAAGAUGGAAGUGGGAAUGAAGAAGGGAGGUCAGAUAAAAUUGAGGAAACCGAGCGAAGGGCGAAACGGGGAAUUGGCGAUUGAAGUUGAGAUUUUUGAAAUUACGUCGUCGUAUCAUUUGGUUGAGGUGACAAAAUCAUGUGGUGAUGCGUUGGAGUUUAGGAAGAUGUUGAAGGAGGAGAUUAAACCUAGUCUCGAGGAAAUUGUUUGUGCAUGGCAUGGUGAAUUACCAUAG